CCUUCACCCGCUACCGCACCGCCGCCGAGCUGCACAACCCCGCCUCCUGGUCCCCGACCUACGACCGCGCGGCCCGCACGCGCAUCCCGACGCGCAGCUACAGCAGCUCCGACCUUGAGUCGCUCAAGGCCUCCACACAUACCGUGGUACCCAGCUCGCGCGCUCGCGACGCACUAGCUGCCUCGCUCGCCGAAGCCAUGGCGACGCCGCUCGUCGACGACGACGACAACUGGGUCCAGGCGCUGGGCGCCGCAGACGUGGGCGCCAUCAUCACCGCGUCGCCGCCCAAGCCGCGCCGGGCGCGCCUCCCGAGCUUCGCGAUGCAGUACACGAGCGCGCUGGACAAGACGCGCGGGCCACUGCGCACCACGUCGGAUGGGAAUCUCAUCGCGGAGGACACGGGCGACUGGCUGCUGCUCGACACGCCACCGCACGAUGCCGAGGACCGCGUCGAUCUUGCAGCGAAAGCGAACACUGCGCGUAGACGCUCGAGCGCGAACGGCCCCGUCAUCGGCAUGCCCGAGGCGAAGAACGGCGCCACGGGGCUGGACGACCCGCGCAGGCGCAAGCCCGUGGCGCGCGUGCUGAGGAAUCGCAUUACGGGGAGCGAUCGCUUGCCGCCGCCUGGCUUGGGGAAAGAGGAGAAUGGAGUGCCGAGCCUGGAGGAGCUGAGGGAGGUGAUUCGCGAGCGGAGGAGGGAUAUGGAUGAGCGCGUUGAGAAGAGCGUGCUGCGGGGGAUUGCGAGACAUCUGGGGCCGGUCGUGGAGAGGGAGUUUGGGGAGGGGUGGGCGGAGCGCGCGAGGGGCGAUCGGGGGGUGUUUAGGAGGGUGUUGGAUUGGACGCUUGCAGUUGAGAUACGGGAGGAGGUUUUGGAGCGUGCGGAUGGGGUGGUGGGUAAGGAGGCUGGGGAGGUCGAGGAGUAGGAUGGAGCUGCUUCGGAUAUGGUCUGUCUGAGGAGAGCGGCUGGUCGUUCUGGGCUGGAUGGGUGAUUUUGCGCUUGUAUCGAGCGGAUGUGAUGGUAUGGUUUCUUGAGCCGGGAAUGAUAGUGAGCCAUUCUUCUGCCUUCUUCCCGGUGUCCGCGUGGCUAUUCUUCUUAUACGCUGGCCCGCCAUUAAAGCAUUGAUCGGCCCUACGCUUCCUCUUGCCCAGCGUCCCAGCUCCCAACGCCGUCCCCCACCCUCUUUCCCGGAGCCGUGUCUGCGAGAGGCACUUCGGCGCAUUGUUCCCAUGCAGUGACACCCCGCCCCAAGCCCUCUCAAGCAUGCAAGCACAAUCCCAACCCUCCCAAUCUUCCACCGCCUCUCAAGGAAACGUGCGACUCCACGUAUAAUUAACCUUCUCCGGCUCUCCCCUCUUCCCC